AGUCUACAUAGAUUUCUUUCCACGAUUAACAGACUCAGUAUAACAGAACUGAUACUAAACUCAAUGGGAUUGGGGAAUAGUUUACUUCAUGAACUCUCAAAUUUAAAGAAUCCUAAACAACGCACUCUUCAGUUACGAUCUAAUCGCAUAGCUGAAUAUGAUCAAAGAUUCUUUCAAAAUUUCACUCAAUUAGAAACAAUAGAUCUAGGGAACAAUAGCAUCAGAAGCGUUCGUAUACACCACUCUUCGUCUUUGCAAAUCCUGACCCUCUCAUCCAACUGGAUUAGUGAGUUCCCAAGAUUCUGUGCCAGUAACACGAGCCUGAAUCCGUCGUUAAAAACGUUGUUUAUUGAUAACAACCGACUGUCGGCGAUUGAAAGACGUCAGUUGCAGUGUCUACCUACUCUUAGGCUGAUGUCGAUAUCCGAGAACCCCAUUUCUGUCUUACCCACCAACUUGUUUGCAGAUUUGACGUCCUUACAGAAUGUUCAUUUACAAGAUCUGUCGAAAUUAAACACAAUAGAAGACAGUGUGUUUAACAACAGCAACCUUCAGCGGAGUGACCUCCGGAACAACAGAUUGAUGAUGAGUGAUAAGCAAAUUCACGCCAAUGCAUUUGACGGCUGCUCUGGCUUGUUGCAUUUGAGCAUUGCUUACAACAACUUCCAUGGUGUGGCCGAAGAAAAGACGCAGCAACUGUUUGAACCAUUGUCAAAUCUACAAUCCCUUGAUAUGGGAAGUUGCAGUUUAAGACAAAUACCCAAAGCCAUCACUAAUCUUAGAAAUUUGACUUUUUUGAUUUUGUACAAAAACUACAUUUCUAACUGGCCCAAGGGAACAUUUGACCAACUGACCAGCAUUCGAAAACUCUACCUGACUGCCAACGAAAUUACGUCUAUUCAAGAGGACUCAUUUCCAGAAGACCUUCGAAAGAACCUCGUUCGCAUCAACCUGGCUCUGAACCAGUUCUCCUGCAACUGCGACAUACUGUGGUUCCUCGGCUGGUUCAGACGUGACAUGCACAAAUUUGCCGAAGCUCCGCGAAAGUACGUCUGCUUCUCGCCGAUGGGUUACAAACACAGGGAGAUAAUCGACGUGGAGCUGUCUGAACACACCUGCCUGCUGAGCUACGCGCUGACCGUGACGAUCGUGAUCAGUGGCAGUCUGCUGGUCCUGCUGGUGGUCCUCCUGUCACUGCUCUACAGGUUCCGCUGGUACAUCAGAUACUACGUGUACAUGGCGCGCUACGACAAGCGGAGAGCGGGCAGACUGUGGGAGGACGAGUUCAACGCGUUCGUUAGUUACAGCUCCGACGACGAGGACUGGGUGGUCGACGAACUGGUACACCGUCUGGAGGACGAUCACAACCUCAGACUGUGUGUUCAUGGAAGAGAUUUUACAUCCGGGUUGAUAACCGAUCAGAUCGUAGACGGCAUAGCGCAGAGCAGAAAGAUCAUUCUGGUGCUGUCCAACAGCUUCGCGCAGAGUCAGUGGUGUCAGCUGGAGAUGACGAUCAGCCAGUCGCACGUGCUGGAGACGGGACAGGACAAGCUCGUGCUGCUGAUGCUGGACACCAUCCCGGCCAGGAUGAUGAGCAGCUCUCUCCACGUGCUGUUGAAAACCAACUCCUACAUAGCCUGGCCCGAAGACGAGUGUUACAGACGGUCGUUCUGGAGACGGGUGGAACAGUCUUUAAUUCCACCUCAGUGAUCGAUCAGAGAGAGAGAGAGAGAGAGAGAGAGAGAGAGAGAGAGAGAGAGAGAGAGAGAGACUGUGAGAGUGAGAGUGUGUUCGUUUCUCCGUAUGCGCGUGUAUGUUCAGUGUGUUAUGGUUUGUCUUUUGAUACUAUUUUGCCUAUUUGUCAAUAUGAUCAACUGAGGUGCCGUAAAGGCAUACUAUCACAGACCACUGACCUAUUUAAUAGUCUAACAAAGUAUUACCUGAACAAAAUAAUUUGAUUUGUCCCUAAAUGUACUUUAUUCAACCAUCUUCAUAACCAC